UCCCCCACGUGACCCGCGCCCCCGCCCCCUCCGGAUCGGGACAAGAUGGCGGCGGCCGUACAGCGCGAGGCGGAAGGUCUCGCCGCGGCCCAGGCCCAGGCCCAGGCCCAGGCCCGGCACCGGCACCGCCUGCAGCUGGUGCUCGCCAGCAGGAAGAACGCGAACGCCGUGUUCGACAUCCUGGAGGGGCUGGAGGCUGAAGAGGAAGCUGAAAUCCUCACUGCUACUACAACCUGUGGCAAAUUAUUUUGCACCCUGUUGCAACAAGGAGAACUUUUCGUUGGCCAGUUGCCAGGAGAAGAGGAGUGUCUGGCAGCCGACUCUAGUGCCGAGGUGAAGUACAAGAUCUGGAUGAGACAUCGUUAUCAGAGUUGCAUCGACCAGUUGAUCAACCUGAUGAUGCAUGAAUCGGACCAGGUACAGGAAGUAGUGCUCUGCACGCUGAUGAAAUUCGUUCAGGCGGAAGGCAGAUGGCCUCUUGUCAGAUAUGAAGACAAUGAGCGGUACAUCUUUCCCCAAGAGUUGUUAAAGUUACUUGUGGACAAUUUGCUUCAGAUUGAAAGAGAUACUUCGUCCCUACUGUCACGAUUUCAGGAGUACCUGGAGUAUGAGGAUGUGAGAUACUACGUCAUGGUUUAUGCUGCUGAUAAUAUCUCAAGAAUAAUGCAGAGCUCGAAGGGGGAUUUGCUUCCAGUUUAUCAACAAAAUGCAUUUGGUCUUUUGUCCUCAAUUCACAUGCCGGCUGAGCAGAAAGAACUCUCAAACUUCCUUGUGAAGCAGCAAAGUAAACACACAGAAUGGAAGGCAGCAAGACUGAAGGAACACAGAAGAGUGUUUGAGCGACUGUGGCUAGCAUUCCUUAAACGCAAGCUAUCGACUAACCUUUAUAAGAAGGUGCUGGUGAUUUUGCACGAGUCCAUUUUGCCACACAUGAGCAAGCCGACCCUGAUGAUCGACUUUCUUACCGCUGCUUACGAGAUAGGUAUGUGACUAAGGCUGUAAAUCUUUUGUGU